CUACCUUAUCCAAAUAUCGUCACACCCAUCUCCAGCAUACCUCCACGAUAAGUUGCCGACUCCUAACACUUCAGUCAGUCUCAAGAUGGCCAACCGGAAGUUCUAUGGUGCCAUGGUCAUAACAAUCCUAGUGACUGAGCUGCUACUUGCGCCGUUCUUUUACGGCCUGUGGUUGGGUGGCGCUCGAAGACAUUUCAUCACUAGCGUCGUCUGUGACAUCGGAUUGUUCUACAUGAUUAGAAACAUUAUAGAACGUCUAUAUCCAGUAAGGCACUGGAAGGAGGGUCUAAGACUGGCCGGCUACCUGACAGCGUUCUACUCAUUAAACAUGUGCCCCAGUGUGGCAGUCUUCCCGCAUGUGUUUACCUGCAUCAAUGCAGCUUUGCAAACUACUCAGACCUUCGUGAACAUUUCUGUGAUUGUGCUGGCAUUGAUAUAUGUGAAGAAAUGAGAUCAGUGUACUCUUUAACGCUAUAGAGCUUGGCUUGUCAGCACGUACAUCUAGUAAAUAAAGGCUGUAGUACAGAUAU